CUUGAUGAGUUCUCUAAGAAGUUGUCGGUUUAUUGGCUGAAAUAAUUGGAUUCGAAUUGUGAAAAAAAUAGUAAAAUGUCUGGAAGACAUAAUCACCAUCAUCAUCACCAUCACAAUCUGCUCCAUGAUCAUCAUACAACUGGAUUGUCUCCUCAUCAUCAUCAUCUAAUUGAUACGAAUUGUGCAAGUGUUCCUGCAGCUCUUGAUCAUGUGGGAAAUCACUUGGAUCUGACAACAACUUUACGCAGUGAGUUAGCUGCAAUUUCCUGUAAACGUGAUCGAUUAGUUAUCGAGCUUGCUGAAUCAAAAAGUGCAUUAGUUUCCAAGGAAUCGGAAUGUGAAUCCCUCAGGGCUCAGGCAGCCCGCCAAUCAGCUUUGAUUGGAUCUCUGCAGAGUCGUUUACAAGCGGCCGAAAACCGUGAACACAGUAUUCAAUCACGAUGCGACAGUACAAUCAAUACAAUUCAGCGUGAGAAACGCUGCAUCGAUGACAAGAGCAAAGAGCUAAUAUGCAAAAUAAAUGAGCUCGAAUCGAACUUAGCUCAGGAAGAGAGCCAAAAAGAACAUGCCAAAGCUCAUUUUCAAGAUCUCAUACGCAAGCUCAGUUCAUGCUUUUCCAUGGAUGUAUGUGACCCUAAUCACUUAUCACCGGAAUGUAUCAUCAAUAGAGCAGAAGAGAUUAUGGCUGAGUUGCAUAGGACUAAAUCGAAGAUUGCUUCUACUUGUGAGACUUUGAGCAGUUGUGAAACAGAAUUAUUGAAUCUCAAGACAAUUGCUAAUUCCGAUAAGCAGAGACUUAAUGCACAGCUUGAAGUCAGUCACAAUCAUCAUCAUGAAUUGGAGAACAGAUGCAGACAGCUUGAAAGGGAUCUUCAGAUUGCAAGAGACCGUUUGACUGAGUCUGAGAUUACAGGAGACAAAAUGAGGGAGGAAUUGAGAGGCUUCGAAUCUCGUUGCCAUCGUCUACAGAAUAAUUUGGACCGAUUGCAGACUGAUCGUAUGCAAUUUUUAAGAAGUCUUGCAUCAUUACUUAGUCUUUCCGAGCCUUGUGAGACUUUAAUUAAAGACAAGAUCAGAGACAUCCUCAAUGAGAACCAAAACCAGCAUACGCAAUUACACUCUCUGCGAGAUCAACUCAACUCAGAGUCAUGUAAGCUUAAGGAUAUCCAAGAAACUUCCCAGUGCCGUCUUCGAAAUGAGGAGACCAUGAAAGCUGAAAUCGAAGAGCGUCUAGAAAGAACUCUAGCAGAACUACACGAUAUCAGGCAAGAGCACAUGGGACUAUCGGAGUUUUUAGUUCGAUUGGCUAGAGCUAUAAGUUGGAGCGAGUGUACAUCACCUCCUGCACCGGGAACUGAUACAAACAUAAUGGCUGAGAGUCUUCUAGAAAAAGCUGAACGUCUGGCAGCUCAUCACGACCACAGCCACUCGCAUAGCCAUUCUCCAGAAAAGAUUUGUUGUGAUCAUGGAAAUCAUCACCAUGGACACGCCCACAUUCACGGAAAACUUAGAAGGGAAAAGUCAUGCCAUGACAUUUCAAUAAAAGAGAGCUCCAGCAUGUACCAAUUACAGAGAAGAGUUCGUGUACUAAGAGAACAAGUCCAAAGACGUGAUCUUCACUUAGAACUGCUCAAACGUAAACUUGCAAUCAUAGAAGAUGGAGCCAGGGGCAAAUGUAUUCUUCAGGGCGAACGAGAUGACGCCGUUUGCAGAGCCAAAAAAGCAAGCAAACAAAUUGAUAAACUUACUGCCCAAUUAGUCGAUGCUAAGUCACAAAUUGCCGAAGCUCGAUCACAACUUGCUGAAGCUGUAGAGUAUAAGAUAACUGCUCUUGAACGUGCCCGUAAAAUUGACGAACUUACUGGUCAAAUUUGUGAUUUGGAAGAAGAAAAGACUAGACUUUUAGCACAACUCAGUGCUUUGAAGGAGAGAAUGAAGACUUGUGCUGAAUCUUCACAAAACCGUCGCUGUCGUGAUGAGGCUUUGAUCAAUUCCCUGCGUGAUGACAUUUCUCGCAUGCAAGGCCAACUAUCCGAUGCCAAUCAUCGUUUAUCCCACCUUCAAUCAUUCCGAACUUCAGUUGCUCGUACUCUUCACUUACGUGAUCUUCCUGAAACUGAUUUACUUCUUCGACUUCAAACCCUGUGCAGUGCCCACCAAGAAUUCACUCUCCUGUCACGAAGAUUCGAAUCAGCUUCACCGGUGGGUGAUCAUCCCUGCCCGAGGUAUGAUGAUGCCAUUCCACCAACAACUCAUUGCCGUCCAUUGAGAUCUAGCAGCCCUGGACCAGCUCCUGUAUGUGCUACAACUGCAACAACCAAUGCCACUCGUAAUCAUGACAGAUUUUCCUCGAAUUUACAUAAUUCUCGACACAGGGCACACUAUAGAAGUCUAAGUAGAGGAAGAUUGGGCCUGGGAGAUACUCUGCCCGAUUGUGAAGAACAUAAUCGUGGACGUGAACACUGCCAUGAUGGUCAUCAUUUUGAUGAAACUACUUAUGAAUUCAAUAAGAAAUAUUGA